AAUCGACUGUCGCGGUUUCUCUCGGUUAUAUCACUGACGCUUCUUCUUCUGCUGUCAAUCCCGACCCUAGUCCUUAAAGCUUUUGGCUACAACUUCAUCGAGAUCAACGCCGAGAUGGGCUUUUACCUUGUGAACGAUGAGGGCCAGGGCAAGCCGGCGGACAAUGGCCUGGUGGCUGCGCUUCCCCACAACCUGUUCCGUGUACCGGAGAAGCUUGUGCUAGUUGUGGCCAUGCUCAACAUACUCCUCAGCAUGGCACACUUGGGUUUCCUUGUUUGGGACUGGAGAGCUGGCAGACGAACCCAGACACGUGCGUUCCGUCGCAACGCAAUGAUCUUGCACAUUAUCAACGCCGUCCUCGUCCUAUGUGCGCUGAUUGCCAUAUCGGUGGCUCACAAGAAAUCAUCGACAUUCCAAUACCAGCUCAUUCCUAAGGAUCCUAAUGUUGCCUCUCCUUCAGGCUACCGUUACUUCCGCUACGAUUCCGGUACUUUUGAUCUCGAGACCUGGACCUGCGAACUCAAGGACGCGAGGGGUGUUGGUGAUGCAAGGAAAGACUACAGCGCACAGUGCCAUAUUGAGGUUGCUGGCAGGAUGAUCAUGACCCCCUUCUUCCUCGCAGCCGUUACCAUCACAAUGCUGUCAGUCUGGGCACUCAUUGUCGGUGGGAAAGAAAUGCCUUACAACGAGCAAAUUUACACCAAGGAUGUCGAUCUCGAG